CUCGUCAACAAGCGUCAGCCUCGGAUCAGCUGGAGCCGCAGAGACAGAAGUGCAGGUCCCUCUUCCAGGUGAGCUGACGGUUUGCUGGACGUUCAACAUCCAUGUCGUCGAGCGGACAUCUACCAGCUGAAGGUCCGCUGACGAGGCAGAGCUGAGGGAAGCUGCUUCCAAACGUUGCAGAGGUGUCAAAAGAAAAGAGAGAACUCAGCAGUAUGGCCGCGGCUCAGUCCGUGUUGCUGCUAGCGGUGCACGUUCUCCUGAUCUCCGAGUUCAUCCUGGCCAAGAGGGACUACUACGACAUCCUGGGGGUUCCCAGAGAGGCCACCAGCCGCCAGAUCAAGAAGGCCUUCCACCAGCUGGCCCUCAAGUACCACCCGGACCGCAACAAGGGCCAGGACACCGAGGACAAGUUCAGAGACAUAGCGGAGGCGUAUGAGACAUUGUCUGAUGAUAAGAGGCGGCGAGAGUAUGACCAGUUUGGCCAUGGCCCAUCACCAGGGGAGAGCCAUGGUGGAGGAGGCGGAGACGCCUACAACUUCAAACAGCACUACCAGUCCUUCAACUUUGACGACCUUUUCAAAGAGCAUCACGAGCAUCAUCAGCAGCAACACUUCCACUCGCACAACUUCGCUCAAAACCAAGAGCACCAGAAGAGACACUUUGACAGCCACUUCCAGGCCCACCACGAGGCCAUGAACAGGCACAAUAGACAGUUCCAACAGCAGGAGGCCUUCGGCGAUGGACUCUUCGAUGACAUGUUUGAGGACUUGGAGAAGAUGUUCUCCUUCAACGCCCACGGUGCCAGGACUGACGGCGGAUUCCAGAGCGCGGGGAAGCAGCACUGCAGGACAGUGACGGAGCGGCGGGGGAACAUGGUGACAACCUACACUGACUGCUCCUGAGGCGGGCUGAACACGGCUCGCUCACAGACGGCAGCCGUUCAGAACACUGCUGGGCGUUAACUUGUGGUUUUUUGAAUCGAUUGCUAAUUUAUCACUCGGUGGAAUAGAGAAUGGUUUUGUGUGGCUUUUUUUGUAUAAUUUCCCGUAUGUAAGGAACAAAUAUCCAAGCGAGCCUCGUGAGCGGCUGCUUCCAAGCAAUAACAAGCAUAAGUAUUCGUCUCACUCAGACACCUCCCUAUUAUUUAGCUUGUCAGUUUCAUUUUGUGUACUUAUUCAUUUGUUUCCGGAUUGACGAGACUCAGGUAUGGCCUAAAGUCAAAAGAUGACUUCUUCUUUUGUGAGCAGUGAGGCAAUAAGAUUGAUCAAACAUCAGUAAUAAACUACUGCAGGUUAUUAGGCCAUACUGUACAACAACCUCUUGCUGAUAUAAGAACAUGCUGAAGAGUCUUCUUUGCGUUUGAUCCUCAUCUUAAUGAUUAAAUCACACAUUUGGAUUUGUAGCACUUGUAUCAAAUUUUGCUGUGAAAAUGAACCUUCGCAUCCCGAGAUGUGCGCAGGUUGGACGUAAUCAACUGUUACCUCGUUUUUCUGUUUCUUUCUACAGAGCUGCAUCUACCUUCUCUCUCAGUCAGGGCAGCCACAGGCAGCGUCUGUGUGCUCUUGCUCUAUCUCAGCUCUUUGACCAGUUGUUUUUGACUGUCACAAAAUCCAGGCGUCAUCUACCAGUGAGGCCGAAGGGUCGGAAAAGUUUCCUGAACUGACAAUAAUAAUGUGCAAUAUUUACUAACCUUUUGCUCUUCAUGAUGCCUAUCUUUCAUAGACAGUGCUAUGAUAAUGUCAUUGUCUGAUGUCCGCACUUUGUGUGUGUGUGUGUGUGUGUGUGUGUGUGUGUGUGUGUGUGUGUGUGUGUGUGUGUGUGUG